UUUUUUGUGUGUAGAACACAGCUGAGGUUCAGCGGGUUUAGUGCAGAUGCUGUGAAAUUAUCGAGCGGUCGUUUUGGUUUUAAUUUAGCGGCUAUAUACCGUAUUUUUACUUUAAAAAGUGCUAAGUUAUACCUGUUGUCAGAGUUCGGACAUGGGAGACUCGAGUGGUGUUGACAUAAUGGAUAUCUGUGAAUCUAUCAUGGAAAGAAAACGGCGUGACAGCGAGCAGUCCUCCUGCAGCACGCUGGAACAGAACGAUUUUGAGGCUGUGGAGGCUCUUCUGUGUAUGAGCUCCGGGGGUCAGAGGGCGCAAAAGCAGGACCUGUUCAGAGCGAGGCCGCUCACUCCGGCCUCCGAUUCUUGUGACUCACUAAUUCAGACCCCCGUAGAACUACAUAAGGACUUUGUUUUGUGUUCAUCAAUGUGUAUGACACCACCACACAGCCCUAACUCUGCAGAGGCAUCUACAGCCACCUCAAUCCUUACAUCUUCACCUUUGAGUUUUUUUGUACCGAGAACUGUCAUUGCGAACUCCGGCAUUUGCUCAACUGGUUUGUUAAGCAGCACAGGAUCUAGCUGUGCGAGGCCUGCUUCGGUAGAUUUCACAGCGUUUUCCGCCCUGAAGCAACCCCGGGAACAGACUGCCUCCCAUCCCUGCAGAGCCAUGGCAACCAGCGUAAUACGUCACACUGCUGACAGCUCCCCUUGCCAUCACAUUCCUUCAGCAGAGCAGCACCAGCAGCACAGCAAACAUACCUUAAGAAAGACUGUACAGGACUGCACGGGAAAUCCUGCUGCGAACGGAGCGUCUUCUCUGUCUUGUUCAGAAAAACAGGACCAACAGACAUUACCUGCACCAGCACUGUCCUCAGUAGUGCCAGAAGAUGGCAGGGGAACUGAAAAUAAAAUUGCAGCCAGACCAAUGCCUACUGCUUCUGUGGCUAGCCCUCCUGUAAUCUGCCAAAUGAGCAAUGUAGGCAAUCAGGCCGGAGUGAUACCCACUUUCAUACAGACUGCCCAGCCACAGGCAAGUAGGGUCAAACCCAUUUUACCCCAAAUGUGUCCUUUUUCACAGCCGUUCCUUAUGGGAGGCCAAGUCGUACCACAAGGCACUGUCAUGUUUGUCCUUCCACAGUCCCAUGUUGCACCCCUUCCUCAGUGUCCACAGACUGUAAUGACCCUUGGGAACACAAAGUUACUGCCCCUGGCUCCUGCGCCAAUCUUCCUGCCUUCAGGUCCCAGUUGUACAUCGCAGAUGGACUUUUGUCGGAGACGGAAUUAUGUUUGCAACUUCCCAGGUUGUAGGAAGACCUACUUCAAGAGUUCCCACCUCAAAGCACAUCUUCGCACUCACACAGGUGAAAAACCGUUCAGCUGCAGUUGGGAAGGCUGUGAUAAAAAGUUUGCACGCUCCGAUGAGCUUUCACGCCACCGUAGGACUCACACCGGAGAGAAGAAGUUUGCGUGCCCCGUGUGUGAUCGACGCUUCAUGCGCAGCGACCACCUGACAAAACAUGCUCGCCGUCACAUGACCACCAAGAGAGUUCCAAACUGGCAAACUGAAGUGGGAAAACUGAACAGAAUAACCACAGUGAAGCACUCUGCUUCAAACCGCGUUCUUCCACUAGGCAUGCUUGUUCCUGCUUCAAAAUAACCCAUCCACUGAAACAGUCUGCUAUGUCUGAUGGUUUGUUGUAAAGAAAGACUGCUACUAGCUAGUGGAAAGCAGACCUUGCACUGAACUUGUUUAUCGAUUUUUUUUUUUUUUUUUUUUUAAAAGGAAAAAUCUCCUUACUGUGUUGUGAAAAAGAAUGCACUCUCUUGCCAAAGUCUUUGUAUGAAAUCCUCAUUUAUGUAUGGAUUUCUGAAUGUAUGUAUCUGUGCAUAUCUAUAUAUGAAAGUAUGUACUGAAUUGCAUUUAUUAAUUGGAAUAUUUUUACGCAAAUGUUAAAACGCUAUGAUUUGUAAAAAGACUGUAUCCUUCACUGUGAUUAUGUACUAUAUCACUUUGCAUAGUAUUUAAUAAACAUUUUUACAAAA